AUGGCAUUACGAAGACGUCAACGAGGGAGCUCCAAGCUCGAGGAGCUGCUACCAACUCUCCUGACAGUCAAGGGCCACCACGAGUUCAAACUCGUUACUGCUAGCGGCAAGACCGCCGUCAAACCAGAAUCGAACGAGAAAACAUUAUGCGCUCCACGACCAAAGUUUACUACACCAUCCCACAGACAGCAGCCUCCCCCGACAAACCCACAUGGGUGCCCUCGCAGAAACCACACCGGACCGUUCCGCUUCUUGGAGUUGCCUCAGGAAAUCAGAGACGAAAUCUACUCGUACCUAGUUGUCCGCCAAACUCCCCACCACUCAGCCCCCAUCCUCGACGCAACCACCAUUCUUAAAAACCGCAAGAAACGCCUCCAAGCGCGGAAAACCAGAGAACGUCUCAACCAGCAAAGACUGCUGGAAGGAAAACGCCCAACAUGUCCACACAGCACAUCAACAACCACUCAUCCAGACCCAAUCCUCCACGUCGACCUCCUCCGGACCUCGCAAAAACUCGCAGAUGAAGCCACAGACUGCAUGUACUCGAAAAACGUCUUCGCAAUCACCCUCGACAAACUACCCUUAACCACCUUUGACGCACCCCCAGGCUGGGACCUCUCCCGCAUCAAACGCCUCCAAAUCGAGCUCCAACUCAAAGACGCCAUACGCAUGAACCGCUACGUCGACUGGUCCUCCUUCUUCUCUUCCUUCCCCUCACUCCAGUUCCUGCGUGUAGUGCUCACGCUGCAUCCCCGCUACUACGAGUGGUCGCGAUGCGAGUUUACCGAGUGGGGCAGCAAGGAGACGCCGUUUGUGCACAAGGCGUUUUUUAGGGAGUUGCUCGUGGCGAUUCCGCAGUAUGUGGAUUUGAAAAUGGGGUUGCCCAGGGAUGUGGUGGUGGCUACUGCUGCUGGUGCUGGUGCUGCUGGUGCGGGGCAAGAGGUGCAGGUGCAAGGGAGGAUGGGGAUUGAUGACAAGUUUCUCUGGGAUAUGUAUCUUGAGUUGGGGAAUAGGGUGGGUGUCACAGGGAAGCCGCUUGCGGUGAGUAGAGUCGUGUGUUGA